CCGCCGCUGAGGGGAGGCGAGGCGGGAAAGGCGUUUUUGCUCCGCUUUUUUGCGGUCGUCGCCUCGCCAUGAAGUGCGGCUUCGGGGCUGCGGGUGUUCGAGUAUUUGGAAGGGCCAUACAUGCCAUAGCACGUAUCAGUGAUGAAUUUUGGUUUGAUCCUACUGAAAAAGGACUUUCCCUCAGGUCGGUGAAUUCCUCUCAGUCAGCCUAUGCCUGUGUCUUUUUUUCAUCCAUCUUCUUUCAUCACUAUUCCUGUAGAAAUACGCCUGAAUUGGGUUUGAAUAAAAACCACACACACCUUGCAUACAAAUUAGUAAUAAAGGCUGUCCUGCCUAUAUUUCGGUGCUUAAACACAGUGGAAAGGAACAUAGAGAAAUGCAACAUCUAUACAAACUUUAAUGACUGCCAUGUUGUUUUUCAGCUUUUCUGCAAACAUGGUGUUGUGAAAACUCAUAACUUAGCUUUUCAAGAAUGUGAACCUUUGCAAGCUGUGUUUGCAAAGCAUUUGUGCCCCAAUGCAAUGAAGAUUCAAUCAAGGCAGCUGUCUGAUAUACUGAUUCAUUUUCCAACCUGUCAAAAUGAAGUAACUGUAGCUGUAACUCCAGUAAAAGUUUGUUUCAAGACUUACACUGAUGAGGAAAUGGAUUUUGCAAAGGCAAUGCACACUGAGAUACAUAUCAAUCCAGAAGAAUUUGAAUACUUUCAGGUUGGAGUAGACACUGAAGUCACAUUUUGCCUUAAAGAGCUAAGGGGACUUCUGACUUUUGCAGAAGCCAUCACUGCUCCAGUCUCUAUUCAUCUUGAUGUUUCUGGAAAGCCAGUUGUUUUCAGCAUUGAGGAUAUGCUCAUAGAAGCCAGUUUUGUUUUGGCUACCUUAGCAGAUACUGAAGGCAGGACACCGUCUCAUGAAUCGCCUUUGCUUUUGCAGUGCCAGAAAAGGAACCCUGCACUAAAGAGGAGCAAUAAAGACCCCAUAAUCUCCAGCAGAAACACUAGCAAGACAGAAACAGCCACAGCUACAGCAAAUGGCUUCACCAUUACGGAGGAAGAAGCAGUGCCAACUGAUUUGGAUUAUAAGUUCCAUUCCCUAUUCUUUGGGGCAGUUUCAUCCAAGGAACAAGAUAUAACUCGUGUUUUCCACACUUUGGCAACAGCAAGCGACACAGAAGAUUUUAGCAAUGAACAACUCUCCCCAACUUUUUAGUAGUGACAAAGUAUCAAUCUGCCAACUCCGAUGGUCAGCAAGGAAUGUGUGUACAUUCAGCGUUCAGGCAAGCUGAGCUUCUGCUCAUUUUAGGUGUUUUUUGUGUACUCUGUUGUAGUCUACAGUUUCAUAAUGCAGGCAAUGGCAGUUUUGCACGGGGGUUAUGUUCCUGACCCCCACACGUGUCGGUGGAGUGCAUGUAAGCCCGCUCCACCCCCAUUCGCCCUUUCCAACCACUUCUGGGUUAUGACAAAUGUAUGUUUGCAUGGUCAUGCAUGCAUUGAACACACUUAAAAUGGUCAUUGCCUGUAUUUUGAAAAAACUAGAAGCUUUUGGAUGAACUUCAAGUUAUCACAACUGUAAUUUUAUGAGAUUUACUUCUCAGUUAAGCCAAUAUGUACACACACAUAUUGCAUUAAUGUUGAUGUUUGAUUGCAUUAUGACACAGGAGAACUUAAGACAAAUGACUGGUUGCAAAAAUGGCAUACACCCAGUUUCAUUCUACUGCUCCUUCUAAACGAAAUUGUGCAAGAUAACCAGCAAUAAACUGGUUUUAGCUCAAGUCUAUUAGAAAAACAUCUCAGUAGUGUUGAAGUGUGCAUAGUAUAUUAUGCCAGUAAAUUUAAAUGCCUUAGAAGCCUCCCUCAUUUUAUAAGCAUGUGUUGUGUCACAGCGAUACUCCUUUCAGAGCAGUGAAGUCAGAAUGCAUUUGGCCGUUUCAGCCCUGGUAACAGGCAGUUACCCACAGCAACCUAACAAAGAGCAACUAGUCACACGGCUCCAUAGUCUGCUUUUCUUUAAGAUUCACUUUCUUUCAACUCCCACAGUGAAGGACAAUGGGAACUGAACUGCUGUUGAAAUUUCACUGUACUGAAAAACAGUCCAACUAGUUCAAGUAGCAAAUUCAGGUCAUUUCUCUAGCAUAUUUGUUUACUACAUGCCCCAAACCCUCAAACUGUUUUUGCAGUAAAAAUAUUUGGUUCUUUGCCUUCUUAAAUCAAAUUCCCCAUUAUGUAAGGUUUUUCUAUCAGUGCUUAUUGCCCAGUGUCUCCCUUUGCAUGUCACCUUAAGAAAUCACCAGCUGCAUAACCAUCUGCAACUUGUCCUUCACAAGCCCCAAAAUGAGCAGAACUUGUACAAGGACACAAAUGUGUUACAAUGAAAUUCCAUUUUAUUGUGGUUGAACUUAUGCAAGAGGAAUUCCUUAUGGAUUGUCAAUAUUUUCUGUUUUGACUUCUGCAUUUGAAAGGACAGCCCAUAUUGAUGCAGGAUUUGAGGGACAGUUGUUUGAAGUCUAUACACUGCAUGCAAUAAUAGAAAAUUCAGGUGUUAUUGUUUUGCACCUAUUUCCUACUUGGGCAGUAUGAAAUAAAUUCUUCCCCUUAAGCAAUAAAACUGAAGUCAUAUGCUAUUAAACAAUACAGAUCAUGGUAUUAUGGGACAACAUAAAAUACUAUUAACCUUGUUCAGAUGACCUGAAGACUGAAUAAAGUUCCCCUAGAAUGAGGUGGGGGCAGGGAGCUGAGUCAGUAGUGGGGAUGGUGAGUUAAAAGGCCCUGGGCACAUGCAUAUUGUAUAAAUACUUUAUUUAUUAAAUAUCUUUACAGUUCAUUAAAAUGUAUUUACAGAUACUAUUCUUGCACAAAUUAUAUACUUCAAACAUCCAAUUCACAUAAUUGCCUUUUAGGUAAGCACAGGUAAUGAUAGUCUCAUUUAACAAGAAGGCAUCCUCAUUAUAUCAGCUUUGUCAAAUAAAAGAAAAAGUCAGUGUCUACAUUUAGCCUGGCUUCCCAUGGAAAAGCAAUCCAUUACAAAGAGUAAUUCCAUUCACAGUGUCUUCAUCUUUGCUUGCUUUUACUAUGGACAGUUUUGUCAAUAUCCAAUCUGGUCCCAAUUUUCAAGGUUUUCCCCACUUGUUGUGGAAAUAGCAAAUUGAGGGAAAGCCAUGGACUUAACGUUUCCUUCAUUAAUAUGGGUAUUUCACAUUAGCCUAGCCCUUCAUAUCAACAAACUCAGUAACACAAUUACAGGCAUUCCCGUAUAGCAAGCCCUGCAGCUGCAACUGCAUUACUGGGUGAAGCAGGUUGAUGCUAUGCCAAGUUAUUUCUUUCAGAUUCUUUAUAAAGCAAUUCUGCAGGUAAGAUCUCCCCAGGAUCCACCCGUGCAUUUCAGAUUUAAGAAAACACAAAAUGGAAUGUCUUCUCUGUGCCAAACCAAAACACUAAACAAGUUGUUAGGAAACACUACUGCUUUGAGGAUUGGUAAAUGUUAUUUUCACAA